AUGGUAACAAGAAAGAGAGUCGAAUCGGACGGAUGGGACGAGGCCAGAUUGUACUGGCUAACGACUCAUAACGUUCUUAACCAUCAACAGUCAAAUGAACAUAAUAUAUAUGGGUCUGUUGAUGGAAAUUUAUUGCGUUUUAUCAAAUAUCCCCUUCAACUUUAUCAAACCAGAAGUACAUGUACUCGACAAGACUGUCCAAAACGUGAACGUACUGCUAGAAGUACUGAACUAACCCUUGGAUGUUGGGAAACUUUUAUUUCAAAAUUUACACAUGAAACAUCGUCGUCUUGUGGUUGGAUCAAAUUAUUAAAUGAAGUACCGUACAAAGAAGCAGCCCGACUUGGAUAUAAAAAAGAUACAAUAAAAAUUAUGAACGUUGAUACCAGAAAAAUGGAAGAGGAUCUAUUGAUAAUAUAUCACAACCGAUUAAAUCUUUUAUAUGUUGAUCCAUUAGAUGUCAAAACUAUUAUUAAAACUGUCUUUGAUCUGGCUAAAUUUGAUUUUGAAAUAUCGAUUUAUGCUUCGAUGCCUCUAAUUGAAGUUGUUACACAACUUCUCUGUUUUCAACAAUUAGUGUUUAUUCCAUCUUCACUGUAUCAAGUAACAUCACCAGAUGAAAUUGGACGUUUAGUAGGAACAAAUUUUUUUGGUUUACCGAGAGUUAAUCAUGUAUUUUCAGUUUAUGAAAUAUUAUCAAUUCCAUUUAAACACCAUUCAAAAUUUAUUCAGUUAGACUUUAUAUUUCAAACCAAUACACUGUGGCCGGUACAUCUUACAUUUUUCGUAACAUUUUCUCUUCGCAACAGUCAUAUACCUCAUACGUUAAUAGGCAAACCAUUAAUCAAUGCUAAUAACUCAAUUGUUGUACAAAAUGGUACGUCAUCAACAAUCGAUGCUGAUAUUUUUGAUAUCGAAAAACAUCUCAAUGAUUCAUCUGUACCACGUUUGAAUUACAUUGAUGCGAACAUGGAUGAUAUUAUGGAUGUUGUUAAUCGUGUACUACCACCUAUGCAGCCACCUUAUAUUUCUACCAUAAGACAAAGUCUUUUAUCACCAUUUUCGUAUGUUCUGCCAGCAUCCCUUGUUAUUGUAUUAAUCUGUAUUUUCAUUAUCUAUUGCAUGCGCAAACAUAAUUGUAAACGCCCAGGUGAUACUGGAGGUCGAAAUACAGUCAUCCUCCCACAAAAUCCUCAGCAACCAUCAGAUGAACUUCUAAAUGAUUUCUACAAACAAAUGAUAGAGAAAAACAAAAAGACAAUGUCAGUUGAUUACAUUGAGAUGUAUCCUUGUACGAUACAAGGAUUGGAUAAAGCUCCAUUGGAUAGAGCUCCACGAGUUCUACCGGGCACAGAUAAAAUUUAUGAUGGCACAGUUGUCAGUGCGAAUGUUUUGUUAAAAUGUGAAGUUUCGUGUAUUUUGUCCGUGGGAAAAACUGGUACUUUGUUGUUUAAAACUUUUUGGGAUAAUACACAUGAAAGCUGA